CAGGGCCCGGCUGCCCCUGCCCGCCGUGCGCUUCCUCUCCAAGCUUCAGGCCUCAGCGGGACCCCGGAGGGACGUGGCAGGGCCACCUUGCGACGGCCCGUAGGGUUAGGACCAGGGGAGACCCGCGUUGCUUCCCCUCCUCGAGGGGUGGCGAGACCCUCCAGAGGCGCCUCCGCGUGGCAAGAGUUCGUCGGGUCGCCUGCGGCUUCCCCUCGCUUUAAGCCCGAGGAAUCUUUCCCUUCUGCCGUUACGACUUUCACCGCGCGCGGGGAGAGCUGGAAACAAACAUCACAUCUAAAUUUAAAAAAAAGAAAGAAAGAAAGAAAAGAAAAAGCGGAAGAAGCUGCGAGGCGGCGACAGGGAGGAGGCGAGGAGGAGGGGCCGCGCACGGCGGGCCCGGCCGGAGGCGGCGGCGGGGACGCGGGGACGCGGGGACGCGGCUUUGUGCUGGCGGGUCGCGGGGCGCCCAUGGCGGAGUGCGGCCGGGGGGGCGCCGCUGGCGGGGCCCUGCCCACCUCCCCGGGCCCAGCUCUCGGUGCCAAAGGUGCCCUGAAACCCGGGGAAGGUGACGGCAGCGGGGGAGGUCGCCUCGGCCACGGGCGGACGCGCUGUGACAGCGGCGGGGUUUCUAACGGAGACUGCAGCCUCGGCGUGUCCGGGGAAGAAGCCCGGGUCAGCUCCGCCGCGGGACCUCACGGUGGGGUGCUCGCUCCGAGCCCCAGCCCGGCUGCCUGCCCCCUCCUCCGGGAAAACAAACCGGGCGGCCUGCCCCGCCGGAGCAGCAUCAUCAAGGAUGGCACGAAACAGAAGAGAGAACGGAAGAAGACAGUCUCCUUCAGCAGCAUGCCGACCGAGAAGAAGAUCAGCAGCGCCAGCGACUGCAUCAACUCGAUGGUCGAGGGUUCCGAACUCAAAAAGGUUCGCUCCAACUCUAGAAUUUACCACCGGUAUUUUUUACUGGACGCUGACAUGCAGAGCCUGAGGUGGGAACCAUCCAAGAAGGAUUCUGAGAAAGCCAAGAUCGAUAUUAAAUCCAUCAAGGAAGUGAGAACAGGAAAAAAUACGGAUAUAUUUCGCAGCAAUGGCAUUUCCGACCAGAUAUCCGAAGACUGUGCGUUUUCGGUCAUUUACGGAGAGAAUUAUGAAUCCCUUGAUUUGGUUGCCAACUCUGCCGAUGUUGCGAACAUCUGGGUGACGGGACUGCGGUACCUAAUAUCUUAUGGAAAACAUACCCUUGAUAUGUUAGAAAGUAGCCAAGACAACAUGAGGACUUCCUGGGUUUCACAGAUGUUUAGUGAAAUUGACGUAGAUAACGUUGGACACAUCGCUCUGUGCCAUGCGGUGCAGUGUAUCAGAAACCUCAAUCCCGGCUUAAAAACUAGCAAAAUUGAGCUUAAGUUCAAAGAAUUGCACAAAUCCAAGGACAAAUCUGGAACCGAAGUCACGAAGGAAGAAUUUGUUGAGGUUUUCCAUGAGCUUUGUACUAGGCCUGAAAUCUAUUUCCUUUUAGUUCAGUUUUCAAGCAAUAAAGAAUUCCUUGAUACCAAGGACCUUAUGAUGUUUCUUGAGGCAGAGCAGGGUGUGGCACAUAUAAAUGAGGAAAUAAGCCUUGAAAUUAUUCACAAAUAUGAGCCAUCCAGAGAGGGCCGGGAAAAGGGCUGGCUCUCCAUAGACGGGUUCACGAAUUACCUUAUGUCCCCUGACUGUUACCUGUUUGACCCGGAACAUAAGAAGGUGUGUCAGGACAUGAAGCAGCCUUUGUCUCAUUACUUUAUAAACUCAUCUCAUAAUACGUACUUAAUAGAGGAUCAGUUCCGAGGUCCCUCUGAUAUCACGGGAUACAUUCGCGCUCUGAAAAUGGGUUGCCGGAGUGUUGAAUUAGACGUGUGGGAUGGGCCCGACAAUGAACCUGUCAUUUACACAGGCCACACCAUGACCUCUCAGAUAGUCUUCCGCAGCGUCAUUGACAUCAUUAACAAGUAUGCAUUCUUCGCUUCAGAGUAUCCGCUUAUCUUAUGUUUGGAAAACCACUGUUCUAUUAAGCAGCAGAAGGUGAUGGUUCAACACAUGAAGAAAAUUUUAGGAGACAAGCUCUAUACAACAUCCCCCAAUGUUGAGGAAUCCUAUCUGCCAUCCCCAGAUGUCCUGAAAGGGAAGAUACUAAUUAAAGCGAAGAAGCUGUCCUCCAACUGCCCUGGAAUGGAAGGGGACGUUACUGAUGAAGAUGAAGGAGCAGAGAUGUCUCAGAGGAUGGGCAAAGAGAACGUGGAGCAGCCCAACCAUGUGCCCGUGAAGCGAUUUCAGCUCUGCAAAGAGCUGUCCGAGCUGGUAAGCAUCUGUAAGUCGGUUCAGUUCAAAGAGUUUCAGGUGUCCUUCCAGGCGCAGAAGUACUGGGAAGUCUGCUCUUUCAACGAAGUGCUCGCCAGCAAAUACGCCAAUGAAAAUCCGGGGGACUUUGUAAACUACAACAAACGUUUCCUCGCCAGGGUUUUUCCCAGCCCAAUGAGGAUUGACUCCAGUAACAUGAACCCUCAAGAUUUUUGGAAAUGUGGAUGCCAGAUUGUAGCCAUGAACUUUCAGACGCCAGGGCUGAUGAUGGACCUGAACAUUGGCUGGUUUAGGCAGAAUGGGAACUGUGGCUAUGUCCUCCGGCCAGCCAUCAUGAGGGAGGAAGUCUCUUUCUUCAGCGCCAACACGAAAGACUCUGUGCCAGGAGUCUCACCUCAGCUCCUCCACAUCAAAAUCAUCAGCGGGCAGAACUUUCCCAAACCCAAAGGGUCAGGUGCCAAAGGUGACGUGGUGGAUCCUUACGUCUACGUGGAAAUUCAUGGAAUCCCCGCCGACUGUGCAGAACAAAGGACAAAAACAGUGCACCAGAAUGGAGAUGCUCCUAUUUUUGAUGAAAGCUUUGAAUUUCAAAUUAACCUCCCAGAGCUGGCCAUGGUGCGCUUCGUGGUACUAGAUGAUGACUAUAUCGGGGACGAGUUUAUCGGCCAGUACACCAUCCCCUUCGAAUGUUUACAAACGGGUUACCGCCACGUCCCCCUGCAGUCACUGACUGGAGAGGUCCUUGCACACGCCUCUUUGUUUGUCCACGUGGCCAUCACUAACCGGAGAGGAGGAGGCAAACCUCACAAAAGGGGCCUUUCUGUGAGGAAAGGGAAGAAAUCCAGGGAAUACGCAUCUUUGAGAACACUGUGGAUUAAAACUGUGGAUGAGGUGUUCAAGAACGCCCAGCCCCCUAUCCGGGACGCCACAGACCUGAGAGAGAACAUGCAGAAUGCGGUGGCGUCCUUCAAGGAGCUGUGUGGCCUCUCCUCUGUGGCCAAUCUCAUGCAGUGCAUGUUGGCGGUGUCCCCCCGCUUUCUGGGGCCUGAAAACACACCCCUGGUGGUCCUGAAUCUCAGCGAGCCGUAUCCCACCAUGGAGUUGCAGGGCAUCGUGCCUGAGGUUCUGAAGAAGAUCGUCACUACCUACGACACGAUGAUCCAGUCCCUCAAGGCCCUCAUUGAAAAUGCAGAUGCUGUGUAUGAAAAGAUUGUACAUUGUCAGAAGGCAGCCAUGGAAUUCCACGAGCACCUGCACAGUAUAGGCACCAAGGAAGGCUUGAAGGAGCGCAAACUGCAGAAGGCCGUGGAGAGCUUUACCUGGAAUAUCACCAUCCUCAAGGGGCAAGCAGACCUUUUAAAAUAUGCUAAGAAUGAGACUUUGGAGAACCUGAAACAGAUCCAUUAUGCUGCUGUCUCGUGUGGACUGAAUAAACCAGGGACAGAAAAUACUGACGUUCAAAAGCCCCGCCGGAGCCUGGAGGUCAUCCCCGAAAAAGCAAACGAUGAAACGGGAGAAUGAGGGAACUUCUAGAAAUCAUUUUGGAGUUCGUGACUCUAGGACCAAUGGCCGUCAAACGGAACUUUGCACUCACUAAUGGAAACGAUGUUUGGGAUCUUAAAAGCACAACUGGAAUAGCUAAUUACAACCUGUUAAAACUGUGAAUGUACUAGCAGUCCGGCGUGUGAAGGCAAAUAAACUCUUUGACAAGAAAUUAUAUUCCUGGCCAAAGUACGUGCUAUAUUUGUAUACAAAGACAUCAUCACUCAGUUCUAGUGCGAACAACAGACUAGUCACUCUAGUUCCAUCGAGAAAAAAAAAAGUUUUCCUAACUGGAAAUGCUUUCCUUAAAGUCGAAAUGGAUUGUAUUGUCAGAUUAGUAUUUAUUGGAGCAAAACCUAGUCUGCGCAUUUUACUUAUGUGUGAUUGCCAGAGUCUCUGGGCUGUAGAUGAUUUUGGUGGCAUGCCUGCUGAGCCAUAAUUGCUAAGGAGAAUGUAAGUGGACAGAUCCCCUGAACCCCCAGGGACCUUGGAGAGCCAUCGAAUACAAGGAGACGUGCAAUUGGACUGAAGCUCCUCGGCUGGAGACAUGUGCUGGGUAUAAUAUAUAUGAUGUAAAAGCAGCCAAUUUGGAAGCAGCACAUUGUAAAUAGUUUUUCAUUGUAUGAAGUAGUGUUCACAUUAAAAAGAUGUUUUAUGAUA